AUGAGGCUCAUGCCUCACGCAAUCGCACCAUGUUCACACUCAUAUUUUCAUUAUCCUGUUGGAUUUGUUCGUCUGUUCUUUGUGCUGCUCUUUCGCAUGGUUGUACUUUUAGUCGUUCGAUGGGCCAAAUCAGACCCUUUGCGUCUUGCUGGAAUCAUACAAAACAUAGAAAUCGAUCCGAUUGAAGUACUUAAUGCAGGAAAACAAAAAACAAAAAUCCGAUUAUAUAAGACCCUUGUUAGACCAAUUGUACUGUAUGCCUGUGGGGCAUGGGCGUCUACCAAGUCUGACGAAAACAAAUUAAGGAUUUUCGAAAGGAAAGUCCUGCGAAGAAUAUUUGGGCCGAAAAGAAAUGACGAAGGUAACUAUGAGAUAAGGUCAAACAGAGAACUCAAUGCUCUAUAUAACGAGUCCAAUAUAGUUUCCACACUCAAGAGCCAGAGAAUUAGGUGGGCCGGUCACGUCUGGAGAGCAGAGGACAGACUUAUAUCGACCAUCACGAAAUGGAAGCCAGAUAAAAGUCGACCGAGAGGAAGGCCUAGACAACGAUGGGAGGACCGAGUUAAGGAAGACCUCAAAAUGCUAGGAGUACGGAAUGGAGAAGAACAGGCAGCACACAGAGAAACAUGGAAGGAGAUAGCGGAAGCGGCAAUGGGCCUAAAUGGCCUGGAUUAA